UUUGCUAAUUUUUUUCAUUGGCAUGAAACGCAAAAGUGAAAUUUGUGGGUAGCUUUAAGAAAAUAUGAAACGUAUAGGGUGGUAAAUGUGAAAUUAGCCCUGAAGUGAAAAGCCUUUUGCAAUUAGGGUUUUGCGAUUUGGUCUUUGCGUUAUAUUCGUGGCGAGCUUUCCUGGUCGGCCGUCGCGAUGUUUCACCUUCACUCCCUAGUCCGCUGCCAUGCUCUCCUUCCAUCGAUCCAACUCCGUCGUCUCUUCUUCUCCACCGGUGCUUCCGCCUCGUCCUCAGUCGCCACCGCUUCUCCCGAUCCCCACUUCCUUGUCGAGUACCUCGUGAAUACAUGCGGCUUCUCCACCGACGAUGCUUCCAAGGUCUCCAAGUCGCUCCCCCGUUUUCGGUCCACCGAGAAGGCCGACGCCGUUCUUGGAUUUCUCAGAUCUCAGGGCCUUGAUGGCGCUAAUCUCAGAAAGUUAAUAACUUGGAUACCAUCAUUGCUCGGCUGCGAUGUGCAGACGAUCCUAGCUCCGAAGUUCAAUUGUUUGCACGAAUUGGGGCUCUCUGAGUCUGACGCCGUCAAUGUCGUUAUGUUGCACCCCAUGAUUCUUUCCCUCAGCGUCCAGAACACGCUUCUCCCCAGAUUGAAGUUUUGGGAAAGUUUAUUUGGAUCGAGGGACAUUCUCCUCAGGAAUCUCCGGCGCUGUAAUAGGUUUAUGAGCACCAGCAUUGAGAAUGUGGUACGCCCUAACUUGAACUUCUUACGGGAUGAAUGUGGUAUUCCUGAAGACCGGGUUUCUCGUGUCAUUAGAAGGCACCCCGGCUUCAUCGUGCAUAAUCCUGAAUCCCUCCGGGCUUUGGUUGAUAGAGCAGAGGGGAUUGGAAUUCCCCCGAAAUCUAAGAUGUUCCUCUGGAUCCUUGAUGUGCUGCACGGGGUCAGCAGGGAAAAAUUUCAGGUCCAAGUCAAGCUCUUGCACAGCUUUGGUUGGUCGAACUCGGAUUUCACUGCUGCAUUCAAGCAACGUCCAACCUUUCUAUGUCAUUCCACAGAAAUAUUGCAGAGGAAGAUUGAAUUUUUUAUCAAGGAUGUUGAACUUAAACCUUCUGAGAUUGCUAACCACCCAAUCGUUUUAGCAUUUAGUUUGGAAAAGAGGUUAAUUCCUCGAUUUCAAUUGAUGAAGAUAUUGAAGUCUGAAGGGUUAUGGACUUCAAAAAUCAAGCUACAUAGUUUUUUCUCAUUGCCUGGUCCAAAAUUCUUUCAGAGCUUUGUUCUCCCUUACAAAGAUAAACUCCCCAAGACUUGUGUGCUGUAGCUGAGUUAAAGUGAAGACGCCCACUGACACAAAGGGAUUCUUGGUCAAGUCUUAUAAAUGGAUGGCACGCUGGGAUCUGGGCACUAGCCCAAUCAACUCAGUUUGUGACACAAUGUUGGCUUGCCCCAUUUUUUUCUUAAGAAAGUUAAUUUGAGUUGCCAAAUUUCAUAAUGCUUGGCAUCUAAAAGUGUUCACAUAUGCUGAUAUGCAGAGUUUGUUGCAAGAAGAAAUUUGGAAAAAAUUAAA